AUGUCUUUAACAAGCAUUAAGAGAUUUAAGCCUGUCCACAAGUAUUAUGGUCAACUGGUGUUGGGUCCGCCUGGUGCGGGCAAGACAACAUAUUGCUGUAAGAUGUCUCGGUUGUUGCGUAAGUUAGGAAGAAAAGUGGUGAUUGUCAACUUAGAUCCUGCUAAUGAACUUAUGUCUUACGAACCAGAUAUAGAUAUAAGACGACUCAUAGUCCUUGAAGAAGUUAUGGAUCAGUACAACUUGGGACCUAAUGGAGCAUUACUGUAUUGCAUGGAAUUUUUAGAGCGAAACAUAGACUGGCUGUUAAAUCAAAUUGAAGGAGAAAACUCAACUAAUUUCAUAUUUGAUAUGCCUGGACAGGUGGAAUUGUACUGCCACCAUAAAAGCCUACCAAACAUAUUUUCCAAGUUAUCUGAACAAAGCAACCUUCAAUUGUGUGUUGUGCACUUGGUUGAUUCUCAUCACUGCUCAGAUGCAGGAAAAUUUAUCUCUGCAUUAAUGUUGUCAUUAAGUGCCAUGUUAAAAAUAGGACUUCCACAUAUUAAUUUGUUAACUAAGAUAGACCUUCUUAAGAAACACAUGGAUAAAUUGCAAUUUGGUAUAGACUUUUACACUGAUGUGUUGGAUCUAAACUAUUUGGUUGAUUGUCUCGAUACUGAUGCAUUUACUAAAAAGUACAAAAAAUUAAAUGAAGCUUUAGUUUCUAUAAUUGAAGAUUAUAGUUUAGUAACAUUUCAACUUGUGGACAUGUUGAAAGAGGACAGUUUAGUAAAAGUGAAGAAUUUAGUUGAUAAGGCCAAUGGGCAUGUUUUCAAAGCGGAAGAGGGCAGGCACAUAAACAGUAUGUUAGCUUGUGCAAUGGGAGUUGGAGAAACAACAGCAACAGAAUAAUUAUUCAAUAAAAUAUCUACUUCUUAAA